UUUUUAGAUGGAUAAAAGAACACUUCUAUAGAGAAUAUCAAUGUAGAAUAUGGUCUGUAAUUGUAUGGUCUCAGAUGACCACAGGUGUCGUGACCUAGCGCAUGCCGAAAGCUGAUGACUCUCACGUGACACUGCGCAAAGCAGGUAACAACACAGUCUGCGCCAAGCUGUCAUGGCGUCGAACAUGGGAAAUAUUUCUUGGUUGGUUUUGUUUAUUUGUCUGCAUUUUUCAUAUGAAAGUGACCCUCAACCUGAACAAAUUCAUCUUUCAAGUACAGGUGACCCAACAGAGAUGAUGGUCACAUGGGUGACAUUAGCAUAUACAAACUACACUGUUGUUGAAUAUAACAAAGCUGGUUUUCCUCUGACAUUAAGAGUAUCCGGUGGUGUUACUAAAUUUACGGAUGGAGGAUCAGAGCAUCGAGUGUUGUUCAUUCACAGGGUGAAACUGACAGGAUUGGUUCCUGAUCAGAUGUAUGGUAGGUACAGUGUUAAUGUUAAUAACCAGUCUGUCUUUGACUAGAAAUUGUGAUGAAGUAUGAACAUCACCAGUGAAAGACCAAUGUUUCAAUCCUGAGUAUGAUAAAAAAAACAUCUAGGAAAAGUAAUAGAGCAGAAUUUUGUUGAAGUGGUAACAAGUUCUUAGUUGUACAUGUAACUUAUUAAUUGAAAUGAAAUUUGUAACUACAAUGUAGCCAAAAUAUUAUCCAUUACGGAGAAAGUGAGUCCACUGAUUACAAAAGCUAAGAUCAAACUGAUUUGUAAUGUAAAAGAUCUGGAAUGUUUGUAGUAUUGUAGUUGAAAAUAAAUCUAGGUUUGGAUGAUUUUAACAGUUCAGUUUGUUCUUUGUACAGAUAUAUUGCAAAGUUUGUUGAGUAAAUUUAGCAAACUAGUUUGAAGUCAUUUUGGCAAAAGAAUCCAUUUGAACUUACAGUGUACAACAUGUACUUGCUGGCAUUACUGUGCAAAACCUUUAGAGUACCAGUAGUCUUAUAGACGUCAUGCUCCUAAAUUCCAGUUCCUUAAGAUUAAUAUUUGAUAUUAAGAUUAUUAAUAGUGUGAUGCUUGUCUACAUUUAGGUGUUGUAUCAUUUAUUGCAGAGACUGCAUUGUAGCCUAUUUUGAAAAGAGAUGAAUAUAUCUGACUGAUUUUCCAAAAACAUGCCCGCUAUUUUGGUGCAAAGUCUUUAACAUGGUUUUCAUAAAUCCAGACAUAUAUUGGCACAGAAUGUCCAAAACUGAUCAGGGAAUUCCCUACAUUGACUCUAGAUGCUUUAGAAAGAUCGAAAGAAAUUAGACACGCUCAUUUUUCGGCCUUUCUGGGUCAUCCAGUCUUAAUCCAUUCAAAUAUAUGUCUGGGUUUAUGAAAACAGUGUCAAUGAAAUCAAGCGUUUUUUAUUUAUUUU